AGGUGGUAGCGGUAGAAAUACAGCUCUUGGCAGUGGAAGUAGAGUUGUUGGAGUUGGUGGUGGUUUUUAAGUUAGCAGUAGAUGGGCUAGAAGAAAUAACUUCUUACCAACAAAAUAUACAAGUGACUGAAAAAAUCUCUGAGGCGUAACAUGUUGCUUUUGAAAAUGUUUAGUUUUGAAUUGACUGCGUAAUGCUUAAGACGGUUUAAUAAAAAUUUAAUAAAAGAAAAAAAGUGAAAUAUUAAAACGUUAAUGAAAAAAGUAUAAAAAAAUCUGUUAUUUUAAAGAAAGAAUUUCCAAAAAGUGUUAUAAUUGCAAGGAAAUUUUAAAAGAAAUAAAAUUAAUAACAAAAAAUUUUCAAUUUCUCAAUUUAAAAAAAUAUAUAUUUAAAAAUUGUGUUAAAUCUACAUUUAGUAUAAUUAAAAAUGCAUAAAGUUCACUUAUAUAUGGCUAAAUUGUUCAUGCAUGACAAAGAUCUUGCGCAAAACACUUUAUAACCGUUAAAAAAUAGAAGAGACGUCCAACAAGUAACAAUCCAAUCCAUCAACAACAACAUCAAUCCACAAUAUGAUUAAAGCUACGAAAAUUUUAAAAAAACCUUCAGCUGAUUUUUAUAAAUCAAAAUUAAAAAUGAAAACUAAUGAAAAACUUGAUCAACAGCAACAACCUGUAAAUGGAUCCAGUGAUUCUUCUGAUCAACAGCAACCUUUGAAAAGUUUUAGUUUAAAAGGAAAUCAAUUAAGUGGCAGUAUAUUAAUUGGAAAUUAUAAUUAUUUGACCCAAUUGGAGGUGAGUGAAAACGAAAUGGAAGUUUUGGAUUUAAGUUCUUUGGCACAAUUGGAGACCUUAAAGUGCAGUCAUAAUAAAUUGUUGGAAUUAAUGUUGAAUGGCAGUAAUAUAACAUCAUUGAUUGCCGAUUCUAAUUGUCUUCAUUCCAUUAAAAUAUCACCUAUUCCCAGUAAAAUAUAUCAUGUCGAUAUAUCAAACAACUAUUUCACCGAAUUACCCAAAUGGCUCAAUGAGUGUGAAAUGUUGGAAACGCUCAAUGCUUCUCACAAUCAAUUACAAAAAGUAACUGAAUUUCUGCUCACAAGUAAAACGAAAAAAUUACGUGAUCUUAAUUUCGCCUACAACAAUUUGAGGAUUGUUGAAAGAUUACCGGAACGUUUUGAAUUACUGGAGAAGCUACAGUUGCAAAGUAAUGAAAUACAACUAUUAACCGACAAUUUAUUUGCCAUAACACGACAAUCGUUGAAAUAUUUAAAUCUGUCCUGUAAUAAAUUACAAAUUUUACCUCCGGUGGUAGAGGAGUGGACGGAACAAGAAUUUGUGCUGGAAAGAUUGUUUGUGACCAGUAACAAUUUAGAUGAUCGCAUAUUUGAGGUUUUAAAACAAGCCAAGCAUUUAAAGAUUUUAUAUGCUGCUUACAAUAAGAUUACUGGAAUAAUGGAUGACUGUUUAAAGGAAUUAAAGGAUCUGGAGGAGUUAAUGUUGUCGGGCAAUUUAUUGCAACAAUUGCCCGAUAGUGUUUGCAAUUUGAGACAAUUGCAGGUUUUAAGGGUCCACUCAAAUCUAUUGCUGUUUACACCGCCCUUAAGCAAAUUAACUUCUUUAAAGGUCUUGGACUUGGCACAUAAUCAUUUAGAUCAUUUGGACUUGAUAAGUGUAGUACCUCAAAAUCUUAAAUAUUUGGAUUUAUCUUGUAAUCUACAACUUCAGGUCGAUGAAAGACAAGUGCAAAUGUGUCGUACUCAAAGAAAAUGGAGCUUGGUGGAUGUAUCGGGUAAAAAUCGUAUAAAUUUACCCACGAGAAAAGCAGAGGGUCAUCAAAAAGAAACUUGUGCUGCAAAUCAGCAAACACAUAAACCACCCUGGUUGUUGGGGUUUUCGGAGACUCCGGGAAAAUGUCGUAAACUUUUGGUUACCCAACUGAGAGAAUGUAAAUUUCGUAAUGAUGAGGCUUUACUAGGCAUGUUUGUUAGUACAUCCUCACAUGUCUCAGCAGCUUCGAAAAUGGCACAAAUGAUGCCCAAAUUACUGCAGCAAGAGAGAUGUGUUAAAGAGAAUAUGGGAGAGUAUAUGAAAUAUACACUGUUGGCGGCUCAGCAAAAGUUAAGCGAUCAACCUUUAGUGGCCGCCAUAUUAUGUCAUAUUUCCAGAGAAAAUACUCGACUCAAAGAUAUGGUGAGACCCCAGAAAACAAAACGUUAUAUACUGAGAGUAGCCAGCAUAGGUAAUGCGGGAGCUUAUUUGAUUAGAAGAACUAGUAAUGUGGAACUGGUUUCAAAACAAAAUAACUCCUAUUUGAAAAUGCCUUCAUCUGCUCUUAGUCUUAAAGAUCCUUGUAUUGCCGAGUGUGUGCUGGGAAACGAUGAUGAAUAUUUGAUUAUUUGCAAUCAAGGCAUAUGGUCCGUUUUAGAUGUCGAUCGUAUGGCUCGUGAAAUACGUAAAGAGGAAAAUGUGGUUUUGGCCGCCAAGCGAGUGCAAGAUAUUGCCCAAAGUUUUGGUUCCAAUGAAAAUCUUAGUGUAAUCGUUAUAAGAUUCAAAAAUAUUGGCACAGAUGUGGACUAUCUAAUAAAAGAACUUAAACAGACUGUGCGCCGAAAACCUCAAACAUUGACAAGUAAUUCGGCUUUACUGCCGAAUGUCUGCAAACGGGCGUGUUGUGAUCGUAAUACAAAUUGUCGUCAUCGUUUGGGUUCUACACGUCAAUUUGCUGCUAUAGCAGCUCGAGGAAGUGAUCGUUCUUCGCCCAGUGGUCAAAGUGAUCAAGCUUUAAGUCUAGUAAAUCAUAAGACAGACACUGACAAUGAAUAUAUUUUAGCUCAUGCCAGAGUUUUAGAAGAAACCACCGAAAUGGAAAUGUUAGAUGAAACCGAUUCAGUUUUAUCCGAGGAACAAUUUAAAUGUUGGGAAUAUAUGUUGGAACAAAAUACCCAAUUACUUUUUGACAAAGAACUGAAUACCAUAUCUAAAUCGUUUACCAAAAAUCGUAAUUCUGAACGUAAAUCUACAAAUCGUUCUCCGGUCGAACGUUAUGAUUACAAAUCGAAUUUAUUGAAAUCGAAUACUCAAAAAUUCAUUUCCACCAGUUCUCCACAAUUACUCUAUUCGGAAGUUAAGAAACCCUCUAUAACACACAAUCACAACCAUCAGCCCACCUCUCAGCAGCAACAAGUUUCGUUUCUUUCAAAACAUUUCGGUAGUUCACGUUCAUUCGGUGCUGCUUAUAAUUUAUUUUCCGAUGCUAAAAGUCGUGACUCCUUGGCCAGUGCUGUGGGCUAUUCAAAAUUGGGUGGCGGUCCAAAUGCUGCAUAUUUCGGCUCAUUGCAACGUUUAAUGCCAUACAAUUUGGAAUAUGAUUUUGCUGUUACCCAGGAACGUUCAUUUUUGGAUGAGGACGAUGAUGACUUGGAUGAGCAUGAGCAUCGUAUGCGUAAAUAUUGGGGUGUUGCCACUACAGAGUUGUAAUUAUUAUUAGUAGGGAUUCUUUUGUGUAAAUAAAAAAUUUAAUGUUCGUUUAAUAUAACUUUAAGGAAGAUGUUAAAAUUAAAUUUGAAAACAAUCAACAAAUUCAUAAAAUAGAAGAAUGUAAAACAAUAUUUAACAAAAAUUAAGUAGCUUUCAUAAAAAUUUUAAAAAUUGAUUGCUUUUCUUCUUUUUGAAUUCGGGCAUUAAACUAAAAGUAGAUGUUUAUUUUACAAAAACAAAUUUUGUUUUUCAUCAUUAAUAUGUAAUUUAUAUAUGAGUAAGAUUAAAAUAAGAAUAAAUAUGUAAGAAAAUAAU